AUCAUUCAAUCGUACACUCUUUUUUGAUUUGAUCGUACUUAUUUUCGUGCUACUUGCGUGCACGACACAAAUUUUCGUAAAUUGAUAUUAUCAAUCCAGUAAUUUAGUGACCAGUUAUUUUACUUGUUAUAUAAAAUGUCGGACUGGGAUACAGUCACGAUUCUUCGCAAAAAGCCACCAAAAGCGUCGGCGUUGAAGACUGAACAGGCUGUAAAUGCCGCUCGCCGUCAAGGCAUACCAGUCGAUACUCAACAAAAAUAUGGUGCAGGGACUAACAAACAGCAUGUUACUACAAAGAAUACGGCAAAACUUGACAGAGAGACUGAAGAAUUACGCCAUGAAAAGAUACCGUUGGACUUGGGAAAACUUAUAAUGCAAGGACGGCAAUCGAAAGGAAUGAGUCAGAAAGAUUUAGCAACAAAAAUUUGUGAGAAACCGCAAAUUGUCAAUGAUUACGAAGCUGGACGUGGAAUUCCAAACAACAUUGUUCUCGGCAAGAUCGAGAGAGCAAUUGGAAUAAGACUUCGUGGAAAGGAAAGAGGCCAACCACUACAGCCUCCUGGAGGAAAGAAAUAACGGGUUCUCUGGGAGGCGAAGACUUCGCUCCGAUAUUUGUUUAUUGCAUAAUAAUUUAUCUCAUUUUUGCUGUUAUGUGUGUUCUUAUGGUAUACUAUUCGGAUAAUAACAUGAUGUAAGCAUUUAUUUUUCCUCAUGUCUGGAAUGUUCUAUCUGUGAUGUUGCCACCGUCAAAACAAGUUCCAUUUGCAUCAGACGUGUUUAGUGAUUGAGGAAUAUGGAUGUAAUAUGCAAUAAAAAUAGUUUAUCGA